CGUUUCUCCUCUCCUGCUCUCCGUCUUCCGCUACCCACCUGCACGCGGCACGGCCCGGCACGCCACCUUCGCAAUUCGCUCGCUCGUCGUCUCCACCGCCGCCAUGCGCCGGCUGUAGGAGUAGGAAGAAGGAGAGAGUGAGACUCGUUCCUCCAGUGGGAACCUUCUCGCCAACCCUCAACCACCACCGCCGCCGCCGUCGUCAUCAUCGUGACGCUUGCCUCGGAUUAGCGCGCGAGCGGGGGCUAAUUCCAAUCCCCCUCCUCUCCCCUUCCAUUGCCCCGUUCCACGCGGACGCGGGGUCUGCUUUGUUUUUGCUGCGCUGUUAAACAAAAAGGCAGGCAGGCAGGCGGUGCCCGUCGCCUCGCCUCGCCCCGCUUCCUUCCCUUCCACCUGUUGCGUGCUCCCGGCUUCAAGAAACCGCCCGCUGGCCAGCACAGCAGCAACACGCCUGCGCUCGGGGGUGGCCCGCCGCUUUUCCCUUCCGCUUCUCCCCUGCCACUACCACCAAUUUGCCCCUCGGUUCUCCGGCCGGAUUCUCUCCCGUCCUGGGGCGCCGCUUGGAUUCCGCUCCGCGAAAGCUUCGGUUUUCCGUGCCGGCGCCGUUAUUUCUUCGGGGAGAGGGACCGGAGCGCCGCUUCUUGGGGCCUGCGCUCAGGCUCAGCAGAGAUCGAAUUCUUGGUUGGUGAACGCUGCCACUAGCCCUGACAACGGAGGUUUCUUCUGCUUCUGGCCGUGAUUUUGUUUCCCCACUCCUGCCCCCAGCCAAAUUCCAGUUUCUCCAUUCCUCCUCUCCUCCUCUCCAAUUUCUGAUUGUCCUUGCAAAUUGCAACUGGGAAUGGUCUCGUUGGUUCAGCGGUGUGCCUGCGGCUCUGAAAGAAAUUAAGCAUUCCUGCUCUCUUCAGUCCUUGCACCUAUCUCAUAUAGCACUUCCAGUUCCAGCCUUUAUACACCUCUCUGCGAUUCAUGACCCUUCCAUCCUUCUAGCCUCCAUCUGCACCAGAACUCGUCAUGGAUAGCAGGACUGUCAACCUCAAACUGGUCCUAGCCUUCACUGCAGCCAUCUGGGUUCUCGGCACCUGCAGCGCCGAUUUCACCCCUGCAGACAACUACCUCAUCAACUGUGGUUCCACGAUCGAUGCAAACGUCGACCAGAGGGUCUUCCAGGCAGACAACUCCGGGCCGGCCAUAUUGACAUCCUCCCAAAGCACCGCAGCAACCACCUCGCCGAAUUUGGUCUCGGGUUUCGACAGUGCUAUGCUGUAUCAGAGUGCCAGAAUAUUCAACGAGCCAUCGUCCUACGCCUUCAAGCUCAAGAGCCGCGGCCGGCAUUUUGUCCGGCUUCACUUGUUCCCCUUCAAAUACCAGAAGUAUGAUCUUACCACGGCGAACUUCAAGGUGUCGACGCAAGACAUUGUGCUCCUCGACAAUUUCACUGCGCCGAGCAGUUCUGCGCCUGUGUUCAAGGAGUAUUCUCUCAACAUCACUAGGGACAUGCUCAUCCUGACAUUUGUGCCUCUUGGCAACAACACACAGGCCUUCAUCAAUGCUAUCGAAGUCAUCUCAGUUCCUGAUGAUUUAAUUACUAAUUCGGCGCAAACUCUGAACCCUGGUCAGUAUCUCGGCCUGUCGGUGCAGCCAUUGCAGACAUUCUACAGGAUCAAUGUGGGGGGGCCGAAGGUGACUCCUGACAAUGACACGCUCUGGCGAACAUGGGUUACCGAUCAGAGUUCCUUCUUGAAUUCGACUGCCACUAAAGUUGUUAAUUUCCCAGGAAAGCUGAAUUACCAAGACGGAUUAGCGAGACAAGAGGAUGCACCAGACAGCAUAUACAAUACUGCAAGGCAAUUGCUUGUGCAGAAAAACACAAGCACCAUGUCCAAUAUGACAUGGCAAUUCGAUGUCGACGGUCGGUCGAGCUAUCUCAUCCGGUUCCAUUUCUGUGACAUAGUGAGCAAGGCUGAGUAUCAGCUCUAUUUUGAUGUAUAUGUGGAUAGCUUGCCAGCGUCAAAAGAUCUUGAUCUCUCCGCUAAGAGUUCCGGUAUCCUGGCAGUGCCAUUUUACAUGGAUAUUGUCUUGCCAUCAAGUGACCCAUCUGGUAAGCUCAGCAUCAGCAUUGGGCCUUCUAGCUUAAAGAAUAGUGCACCAGAUGGCAUCUUGAAUGGCCUGGAGAUCAUGAAGAUGAACAUUAGUACCGGGUCUGUUGUCGUCGUGGCACCACCACCAGGGGCAAAGAGCCAUCUUGCCGUCAUAUUGGGCUCUGUUCUUGGAGGCCUUGCUGCUGUCAUAAUUGGUACUGUUCUCUGCAUCUGCUGCAGAAGAAAGAAGAAGCCACGUGCACCACUGACAAGCCGGCCCUCAAGUUCUUGGACACCCCUGAAUGGUCUUAGCUUCCUUACCACAGGUAGCCGAACAACCAGCCGGACCACUCUUACAUCUGGAACUAGCGGUGAUACAAGCUACAGGAUUCCUUUUGUCGUGCUGCAAGAUGCGACAAACCACUUUGAUGAGCAGAUGGUCAUUGGAAUUGGAGGCUUUGGCAAGGUCUACAAAGCAGUGAUGCAGGAUGGCAGCAAACUUGCAGUAAAGCGGGGCAACCAGAAGUCUCACCAAGGGUUGAGGGAGUUCCGGACGGAGAUUGAACUGCUGUCAGGGCUACGCCACCGUCAUCUCGUGUCACUCAUUGGUUACUGCGAUGAACACAAUGAGAUGAUCUUGGUGUACGAGUACAUGGAGAAAGGCACUCUGAAGAGCCAUCUGUAUGGUGGUGAUAUGCCGCCUCUCAGCUGGAAGAAAAGGCUGGAAAUCUGCAUAGGAGCAGCAAGAGGGCUCCACUACCUUCACACUGGUUUUGCCAAAUCAAUCAUACACCGUGACGUCAAGUCAGCAAACAUCCUCCUCGAUGAAAAUCUCCUGGCCAAGGUUUCUGAUUUUGGCCUCUCAAAGGUCGGGCCUGAAUUCGAUCAAACGCAUGUCAGCACGGCAGUAAAAGGGAGCUUUGGGUACCUUGAUCCUGAGUACUUCCGGAGACAGAAGCUGACAGACAAAUCAGAUGUGUACUCAUUUGGUGUGGUUCUGCUUGAGGUAAUCUGUGCAAGACCGGUUAUCGACCCAACUCUUCCAAGGGACAUGAUUAACCUUGCUGAGUGGGCUAUCAAGUGGCAAAAGAGGGGAGAGCUUGAUCAGAUAGUGGACCAGCACAUUGCCGAAACAGUCAGGCCUGAAGCACUAAGAAAAUUCGGGGAGACAGUGGAGAAAUGCCUUGCAGAGUAUGGCGUCGAGCGUCCCACGAUGGGCGAUGUGCUGUGGAACCUGGAGUUUGUGCUGCAGCUGCAGGAGGCUGGCCCAGACAUGUCCAACAUCGACAGCAUGAAUCAGAUCUCUGAACUCCCUUCAAACACCAAGAGAGUAGUAAGCUCCCUAGAGCUCAGCACUGCAGAUGAAAGCAACACAGGGAUCGAUUACUCCGACAUGUCGACGAGUAAUGCCUUCUCGCAGCUGAUCAAUGCUGAGGGAAGGUGAGCUGGACUCAAUUGUUCCAGAGUCGCUGAAAAAUGUUACAAGAACUAGAAGCAGGUGCCUCUCAUUUCUUUUCUUUUUUUCAGAGGGGAACAGAUGCCUCUUGGUUGACUAUACUGUCUAUCCCUUCAUCCCCUGACAUACAACACCGAGUUCUGAAUUGAAUUGAAAUUUUGCUUGCCCAUGUAAUUACUAGUAUUCUUGGAAGUAUAAUUCUGCUGGAAUUACAGGCUGUUCGUUAAAUAAUUUUACUCGUGUACCCUGUUUGUUUUUGCUGGAUAUUGCUGUACCUCUU